GCCUGGAUCUAGUUAACUACAAAAAUCUGUUGCAACUGUUAAGAAGCACUUUCCGAGAAAUUUGUAUGUUUCCCUUCUAAAAGGCAUUUUAUGAGGUAAAUGCGCCUGAAUGAUCAUUAUUUUGAAUGGGUGCAUUUCUAGAAAAACCAAAGACUGAAAAAGAUACAAAGUCUGCGUCGGGAAAUGGACUUCGCUAUGGAGUGGCGUCCAUGCAAGGCUGGCGUAUUGAAAUGGAAGAUGCUCACACGGAUAUCACUGCCUUGAAUCAGGAGCUUCACGAAUGGUCAUUUUUUGGCAUUUUUGACGGCCAUGCAGGGUCUAAUGCGAGUUUGUAUUGUGCGGAGAAUCUUUUAAAAUGUGUUUUAUCUAGCGACGACUUUAAAGCAGCCAUCAAAAGUGGGCCAUCAUCGCCCGAUUUGGAGCAGCUCAAAAUUGGAAUUAAGAUGGGAUUUUUUGAGCUGGACAAAACGAUGAGAGAAUGCCCGACCUGGUCAAACGGAGACGACAAAAGUGGCACGACAGCCGUUACCACUAUGAUUACUCCUGAACAUUUUAUCUUUGCCAACUGUGGGGACUCUAGAGCCAUUUUAUGCAGUGAUAAGAAAGUGACUUUCAGCACAGUGGAUCACAAACCGUCUAACCCAGACGAGAAACUUCGUAUCGAAAAGGCUGGAGGUAGUGUUAUGAUUCAGAGGGUUAACGGUUCUUUGGCAGUUUCUAGGGCUUUGGGAGAUUUCGAGUACAAGAUGGACUUUACUAUAGAUCCUUCUGAACAACUGGUUUCUCCUGAACCAGAGAUUUCAGUGGUUCCAAGGAGAGAUCAUGAGGAUGAGUUUAUUGUUAUCGGCUGCGAUGGUAUCUGGGAUGUGAUGAGCAAUGAAGAAGUGGCAGACUACAUUCGGUCAAGAAUGCUACUCUCUGACGAUUUAGUACGGAUUUGUAGCGACCUUCUCGAUACCUGUUUAGCAAAGGUAAGUAUAAUGACGUUAAUAAACUGUUGUUAAUCUUGCGAGUCUUUCCGACUAAUUUUCCAUCGAUUUCAAAGUGUAUGUACGGUUAAUUUUGUACGGAUAAUCUGGAACAAACUAAGUUAAGCUCAUUGACCAAGUGUUAUUUUCAUUUAAUAAAUUGUUAUUUCAGCGUCAUUAGUAAGGUCAAAUACCACUUAUGGAAAUGUACGUGUAUAUUUCCUGCCAGAAAGGUUAUAUUGCAUUUUGAAGAAGACGCACUUUACAUUGUAGAGUUUGCUGUGUCAAAUAAUAAAUUGUUGUCACUCAGCUGACCUUGUACACAACCUGAACGUGUACUCUAUUAAUUCGUAUAAAUACGUUUGCUGAACUGCUUUUUGAAUACAAGCAUUCUGGCCUUGAAUUCUCUGAAAUUUUUAUGGUCCAUAGAACAUGAAUGGGUAUGAUCUUUCAUAACGUAUUGUACUGACUUCCUAUAUCAGUGUCCUUCACUCUCUCAAUCCCUUUUGUACUUGUCUUCAUCCCAGGGUCUCUUCUUAAUGAAUCUCGUCUCUGGACUUGUGGAUUCAUGGUGCCAGUUGGAAUUUAACUAAAAAAUAUCAGCACAUAAUAAUAAUAAUCCAUUUAUAUAGCGCCUUUUCUACAAGAUUCAGAGGCGCUGUUUACAAAAAAUUAGAUAGAACUAAAAAGUAAAAAUAAUCACAAGAAAUUGACAUUAAAACUAGACGCUAACUACAAAGUAGAUAAAUGUACACAAUAGAUAAAAAAUCAGAUAACAAAUAAAAACGUCACGAUUCAUAAGCUCGCAUAAAAAGAAAUGCACAUGAAUUCUUUAAGUAUCAAAUUUAGCAGGCAAUGACUAGCAGGUCUCUCUGCAGCUUUCAUUGUCUUGCUUUGUCCAUUUCUAAUCACUGGUUAACUCAUGAGUUACUUUCACAGAUCCUUGCGAUAGGCAACAUCACUGAAGAGGGGUUGAACAUAUCCGACUAGGUUUAGUAAUAUCAAAUAAAAACCAUGCAAAUUUAAGCCUUGGGUGCCUGCUACUCUUCCUAUCGUGCCUACUUAAUUAUGAUAUGGCUGAGUCCACAAGCCGACAAGAUGAAGCAAAUCGUGUGUACGGAUUUUCCAUGUCGGUCCUGCAAGAGACAACAACAACAACAAUAAUCUUUACUUUCCCAAUCAUUAAGGUUUACAAAAGUGUACUGACCCACAGGUAGCUAGAGCUAAUCUUGGCAGGCCAGUCAAUGUACAUGUUUGCCUAUAUAUAAUAUAAUCCGGCAAGAUUAUGCAAAGGGGGAAAGAAUUUACAGUACAUAAGGGAUUUACAGUAAAUAAAGUUUAUCGGAAAAAGCUGUUGUCAGUUCAUAAUCUUGUUACUGACGAUUUUAUCUUAAAAUUAAUGAUCUGGUGUACGGUGUAUAUCAAUGAAUGAAUCUACUUCUUUGAAAAUACUCAGUAGCACACUUUGAAUUCCUUUUUUGAAUGAAGGUUUUGGCAGUUCUCUCAAAGAACAUGGUACCUCAUUUCGGAGUUUUGCACCUAUUUGUGAAAAAGCGUUUUUUUGUAUUUCAAGCCUUGGUCGUUUUAUGCAAAAAUUGUUUGAGGCAGCAGAGUGAGUGUUGUAUGAGUGGAUGCUGCUUUAAAUCAAUGAAUCCUUUAUUGACCAAGCUUGUUCGCUGGUCAAAAUGGCUGGAUAUUGGCCCCAUCCUUUUUUGUGUUUUAAUUGAGCUCAACUUCAUCUCAGUCCAUAAAAACACAAAAAAACUUGGCCAACAUACAGCCCACCUUGACCUCAGUCCUGGUCAAUAAUGCAUAUGUACAGGUCACAUAGUUUUUAGAGUACCCUUUGCUAAGUCCCAGUCUUUCAUGUAAUCAAAGCUAGCCUACCAGGAGUAUUUAUUGCUUUAUGUUUGAUUUCACAGGGAAGUCGAGACAACAUGAGUGUAAUCUUGGUAACCUUUGGAGGGGCUCCUAAAGUGUGCGAGGAAGCUAUCAAACAGGUAGUUUGGUUGACCAACAUUCCAUACUUACUAAGAAAAGCACCACUCUCAAUGUUGACCUUCACCCUUUCCUGCAUUAUUUGCAUUCCCCUUCUCUCCCUCUCUUUGUCCCCCACAUUACAAUUUGUGCUGUUUUCUAUCCAGAAAUUUCUUAGUGUCACAUUUUAGUUCCUUUUCCCAACAAUACUUCUUUUUCUCAACACAUUAAAUUUGGAAAAGAAAAUACCUGUUUUUCUUGUUCUUUUCCAGCUAUAUUUCACUUGUUGUCAUUAGCUACAAUCAGCAACAAAAUUGUUGACACAUUUUACUCAAAUAGGGUAACUUCAGAGAACAGAAGAAUCCACACCCCUCCCCCAUACUCUCUUUUCUCCAUCUCUUGUGUUUUGUGCUUCACGAUCAUGCCACAAAUCCCAACAACACUUGUUGUGCAGUCUACAAGUUAUUACAGUGUCAUGGUACAUAUUCUAGAACAAUAAAUUUGUAACCUUUAACCUUUAACAUUAUUUAUAGGAAGCUGAACUUGAAGCUGACUUAGAGAAAAGAGUAGCUGGUAAGUUGAAUUUGUUAACAUAAAGAGUUAAAAAUUUUCCAGUUAGUUUCUAAUAAAAGCCAUUCUAAUGGGAGAUCAUUAAGAACAAACUUCUCACUAAUUUAAACGUGAGCUACUCCCCCCUGCUCCCCGCCCCCCACAAAAAAAAACAACAACAAAAUUAAAAAAGCUCACACAAGCCCUUUGAAUAAUCAUGCAAAAAAAACCUAGGUGGAAAGAUGAGGUUCAACACGUCUUGUCUUAGGAAAAAUCAGUCACAUCAUAACUAAGGCUCAUGCUAAUCAUAAUCAUCGUCAUUAUCCUUUGUUGUUCAAGGUGUUGAGUAGGGUUGUGUACUGCAGGGUAUGAAAUUUAUUUCUUUUUCGGGAAGCCACUAUCAUAAUCAUUACGAUUAAGGGGUGGACAAUUCUGAAGAGUUUGUUUCCAGUUCUUUUUUGAAGCAAUUUUAAGAUAUGUUUAGUUGUAGUGCACACCCCAGGUCAGCUGUCAUCAAAAAGUGGCCUGUUUCAAACUAGUUUUUAAUUUUUAUCUGUUUAGGCUGAGACUUUGCACGAUAAUAGAACUUCAUAUUUCCAACAGGCGUAUGUUUUUCGAUUUUUUAUUUUAACUGUUUUUGGCGGGAAAAUGACGUCAUAAGAUCGACAGCAAAAAAGAGUUUUCAACUUAUGGCAUAACAAGCUAAAACUUUUAAAAGAGCUCACAGAGAUGAGCUCAAAAAUGUGACCCACCAUGGUGGUAGAGCUGGAGAUAAUGGCGGAAAAUUACACACAUUUUGCAAAGAAGCAGAAGACAAACUUCUGCCAAAAAACAUAGCAAGAACAGAAAAAAUAAAAUUGCUACUUGAAGAAUAUAAAAUUAUGUUAGAGUACGUCAUCCCUUUAUUUCCUGAAAACACAGGAACCCUCCGUCAAUCAACUUAUAGAGCUUGUUGUAGUUCAGCAGGGUGCGCCAAGACCUAUGUCCGAUUAUCCGGGACUGGUAGAAAUUUAGCUCGGACAUGUAAAUCUUUAUGUUUUUAAGAAAAAGAUUAAAACACUACUUUUUAGAGAGGCUUUUAUUAGUUGGUUGCCACCCUUUUUUUCCUUUUAUUGUAUAUAUUUUCCUUAGUUAAUCUUAGCAAGGCGUUUGCAUCUUAUUUUUUAGAAAUUUAUUUCUACAACUGUUAUAUAUUCUCUGUAAUAAGUCAAAUAUUUUUAUUUAUUUAUUUUUUUUUAGAAUUACGAUUAUUGUAAAGCACCAUUGAGCUCAUGGAAAUGGUGCUCUAUAAAUUUUUAUGUUAUAUUAUAUGACUUGUCCAUGGGACAAGCAAAUUUUUAAUUAGAAAAAAUAAGGAAAACAUUGAAAAUUUACUUCAAAUUGUCAUAGAAUUACUUCUGUUAAGACGUAACUCAUGCCCAGGCCCAAAAUUCAAGUGGAUAGUAGCCGACCAAAAAAAUUAGACAAAAACAACAGUCUUCAUCGUUAGUUUUUCUUUCAAAGCAUCCGAGAAAACAAGAAGUCUUGGAUGCUAGCAAAGAGUUUAAAGUGAAUCAAGAGAAGAUCAUUUGAGCACUACCUUUUGGACAAGAACUCUUGGGUUUUGGACAACCAAAUUUGAUAUAGUGCUUGUCGGAAGGACAAGUGGAUAAAAAAAUUUUUCUCUUGCUCUGAAAGUAUGAAUGAUAAAACAGUUAUUGAAUUUGGCUUCCGUAUGGCCUGAAGACUUAUGCAGAUCUCAGAGGGUGUUAUCUGCCUUGAGCAGCCAUUAACACCCUCUCCAUUCUGCGUAAUUCUUUAGAUCAUAUUCAGUUUCAUACAAUAAUUGCUAAAUAUUUUACUCUCAGUGUUCCUUGAAGAGUUAUUUCCCAAACAAAACUUAUAUGAAUACCUAUCACUGCCAUGGAUUUAUCUUUCAUGGUCUUCCACUAACGUGCAUUAAAUGGCUACUCCAGCCUAUCACAAAAUUUGGCAAAGUCUGGAUGAAUCAUCACGACUCUUCAAUAUUGUAUUUAUAGCUGUGCUUGAAGAUAGCAGGGAUCCUGGAGUUGUUGACCUGUAUUACACCAUGCACUGUCUAUCAAGCGAAGACAUCAAGAACUUGCCACCUGGUGGGGGACUUCCAGCUAAGUAAGAAACUUUACCUUACAACACUACAUGACUUAAUGAGAAAACAAAGAUGUAAUGAUUUGGUCAUACUGCAUUACUGAUUCUUAAGGACAAGCAGAGAGGAAAACUGGAAUACCAAGUGAAACAACCUCUCAGAACAAGGAGAAGAACCAAAAACUAGCUCAUAUGAAAUGUCAUGGACUUUUGUUGUUCAUCUGCCCUCAAGUACCAAAAUGACAACCUUUACAAAACUCUAGAGGGAAACAAAAAAAAAGUACAAUAGCACAAAGGGGGAUGGCAUCACCUGGGAAAAAAAUUUUAUGUUUGCCCAGAUUACAUAGAAACUUGACUAACAUUAGUGUCAUGUUUGUCAAGUUCAUCUUAAUAAUAUUUUUGCAAACAUGUAAUUUAUGAAUGCUUGGAAGUCAUUCUUGUUAUCUAUGUUAUCCAUAUAAAUGUUUUAAAAAACGACAUUUGCUACAGUAUAUCCAGAUUUGAAAUUACAGUAGGGUUAGUAGCGUGUAUAGUAUGCUGUGAUUAAACACAAAAAAAGCGCCUCAAACACCAUGACCUAACUUUCUUUAAAAGUGUCUUCAACUACUCACACAUGAACAUAAAGGAAAUAGUUAUCUUGUUCUUCAUGAGUAAUGGCUGGCUUAUCAUUUUACAGACAAGUUUUCAUUCACAAAACUUUGGAAAAACUGAUAGCUAAACAAUCAGAAGAGGUGAGUGUAAAUAACUUUUGUCUAUGUCAGACAUUUCCACUGCUUUAUAUGCUUGGAACUCUGAGAAUGUGAUUGUAUCUCAGGUUCCUCACAAAUAGAAUUUUUAUGGUAUAAUAAUUUGUGCACAGCUAAAUAAUUUGUUAAGAAAAUGUCAUAAGCUACAAGUGAGCUCUUUAAGGGUAAUUUUGAGCAAACUCAGCCCUAAAAUGUGUAAACUGUUUGUGCAAACAUCUGUUAUUUAGUUUCAAAUAUAGGUGCUUUCUAGUCUAUUCUUGGGAGUUUGUUAUGUGAUUGUCUUGUUCCAAGUCCGACUGUCCUUUUCCUUAUGGAUUUUGGUGAUAAAAAGGUGUCAGUCAAUAAUAUAUGUCUUUUGGAGAGGUUCAUUCCUCAAUGCAGGGGAGUGAUGCAAGAAAAAAACUACAAGCAGAGAAUUACAAAAUUUGGCUGUUAUCCUUGCCGUAGACCCUUGCAACUUUGUAUCAUAUUUGGAAAUAGCCAACUGUUUUGCCUUCUUUCUUUCAGGAUUUUAGAUACUGUUUUGUUCAGUUUGGAUUAUAAUUUGCCAUGUUAGCCAUUGUGCUGUUAGUGGUGUAGAUAGAAAUCAAUCUCUUCUCACAUUUUUAUUAGUGUGGGUAAUAGCAUGGUUUGUAGUGAUAUUUGGCAUAAAUACCACGAGUGAUAUUUCGAAAUUGUUAUAUGUAAUUUCACGAGCCGUUAGGCGAGUGAAAUUUGAGACAAUUUUGAAAUAUCACGAGAGGUAUUUAUGCCAAAUAUCACGUACAAAUCAUGCUAUUAUUUGUUUAUACUACUAACCGCAAAAGGUUUGAAAUUUUCACAUGUAGGUAUUUCAAAUUAAGCUGAAAUACCACUGCUCUAAGCCAAUCAAAUUGCUGAAAUUUCUCAUGUAGUAGUAUAACAGCUUAAACACUGACCAAGGAUAAAAAUAGAAUUAAUUUUUGUUUCGUUUUGUUGAUAGUCCGAUUGAAGGAAUGCUGAAGAAGUAGCAUCAAGCAAUGAAGUAUGUUAAGCUGACCUUGCUAUUGACGAUUUGUUUGUGUUUUAGUGUAGUUUCAGUAAGUUUCAUCAUAAAUAUUUGUGUAUUAACUCAUUUCCAGGAGUAUAGUAUAGUUUCAGGAGAUUUGGUUGAUAAUCAUUUAAAUUAUUAA